AUGAGAAACGGUAUUCUGAAGUACGACAGGUGGGAGGACGUUGUUUGGGUGUACAAUGGGGUCCACUCCAACAUGCGGACUCCCCUUACGGGGUCUGUCGUCGGCAUUUCGGCCGCGGAUAACUCCGUCAAGUACAACCACUGGGGGAUGCAUAACGGCGGCCACUACGGCGCGGGCAACGCAAACCAAUACAACGAGUACUGCGGCUGCCACAUGUGCACGGUGAACGCCAUGCAGCCGCACGAAACGGGCCUCAUUGUGUCCAACGCGAAGGGCGUGGAGUUGGUGAACCGGGACGGAGGGAGGCGGAUGCGGCUUACCUCCGAGAGGGCUGAAUCGCAAAUCUCCAAUCACGGGGCCGCCCAUAUCGUGUGCUCGCUUCUGAAUUGCACGCCCGACAACACCAACAUCUGGCUGGCGACCAAUGCGGAGGACCUGUAUGCCGUCGAUGCCCUCACGGGGCAAGUAUCUGGGAAAAUGAAACUGUCGAACGCGCCUAUGAGCGUGCCGGAUGUGGCGGACCAGAUCACGGUGGUGGCCGGUCUAAACGGCGACACUUCCGCCAGCUCGUGCAUAAUGUCGUACCACCAGCAGUACAACGACGUGUCGCCUUCCCACGACGCCGCGCAGCCAGCCGAGUUCUACCCGCAGAACGACAUCUACAACGCAACCACGUCCUCUCUCGAGAGCAUCGCCAGGAAGUACGGAAGCUUCGACGCGAUUCCGGAGUUCAUCCCGUCGUCUGAGCGGAUGAACCGUCCCAAGAAGUUGUUCGUAAAGCAGAAGAUGGUCCCAGACAAGACUUCGGGCGCGAUCGCGCUCGGGUACGCACUACAGACUCAGAAUUACGGGGCUGUGGAAAAGGCGUACUCCGACACCAUCUGCGUGGGUAUGCUCUCAGGCCUUCUGCACGUUGUGGACCACCGGAUGCAAAAGGUGGCGCACACCGUGGAGGCGCACUCGAACGCGGUUGGGAGCAUCUCGGCGUACGGGAACUACGUGGUCACAACUGGGUGCUACAUUUAUGGAAGCACGCUCAUCUAUGAGCCGUUGUUGCAGGUGCAUGACCUGCGGAUGAGCAACACCGGCUCCAUCUGGGUGGGCAGCCCGAUAAAGGCGACGGCCGUGGUCCCCAACAGCAACAAGGUCGUCGCGCUCAAGGAUGACGGCGGGUUCUUCGAGUGCAACCUCACGACCCUGGAGUACGUCAAAUACCCGAGGUUGAACGAUGGUCAUUCAUGGGUCUACCACGACAUCGACGUGAACGUGGACAUACAUAAGGGCUCAUACCGGGUGUUCACGGCGGAUGAGGUCUAUGCGCUCAGCACCAUCGAACUCCCAAACGAUAUCGGCGCGGCGUACGAGAUGGACCCGGCGAAUCUGAAGCCCAUCUUCCAGAAAAUCAAGGAGCAGCAGAAAUACUCAAACACCACGCAGUUCGCCUCCAUGAUAGGCACCUUCCAUGGCGACCUGGUGCAGGUGUUCGUGCAGGUCUUUUUCUUCGUGGAAAGGCUCACCUCCAUACGGUACCAUUGCUGCGAAGUGGAACACUGCCUCACGUGCCAGGUCGGCUUUGCGAUGCACAUGCUGCAUGUGGCGCAUGAGAACCUGAAACAGGGGAUUGUUGAGGAAGAGUGCAAAUUCGUGCCCGCGAAACGGUCCGAGCUGCGCGCCACGCAACUUCAGGAGCUCAUGCCGGUGGACAGGUCGGAGACCUCCGCGUCCUCCGUUCAGCGGCUGCUUCUGUGGAUCAUAGAAAAGAUGAACUCGGAGCUCGACACCUACUACGGCAGGGACGAGCGGGGUUACGCGUCCAACGAAGGCCAGCUGAUCAAGAACGUCUUCGGCUUUUCGAAGACGGUGGACUCAACAUGCGCAAACGGACAUCGCACCACAAAGACGCUGGAGAAUGAGUUCUGCCUGCGCUACAGCCUCUUUGUCUCCGGACAGGCGGAGGAUGAGGAGAUCGUCUCCUACUGCACCGAGUGCGAGAAGCCCGUCCGCACCAAGUACCACACCGAAGUCAGCAAAACGCCGAACUUUAUGAUAGUGCACUGCAACCAAGAUCAGCAGGAAGAGCAGGUGACGAGAAUCGACGAGCACGUCACCUUCAAAGACGACGCGUACGAGCUCAUCAGCGUCCUUUUCUCCGUGCCGCCCGAGGACUCCAGCUACCGCCUGCUGGCGUACAUCAGAGUGCCGCAGGAGAUGAAGGACAAGCAAGAGUGGAUCUUGAUCAACGACGGCUAUGUGUGCGAACUCUCCGAGGAGGACCUCGAGCAGAUGCUGGAUUUCUCCGCGCCCUGGAAGCAGCCGAUCACCCUAAUAUACCGCAAGAAGAUGUUGGGCGCGAUCAAGGAUAUAGACCCGGCGGCGAACGCCGAGCUGACGGUUGUGAACCUCAACGGCCGCAUAGUGCCGCUGCCCGUGCCAAGCAGCAAGGUGCCCAUCCCGGCGUCCAUAUUCAUUUCCGAGUGCAACAUCGCUCACAACCCGAGGGCGCACGACAAAUAUCGCACCUUCGUGCCGCUCUCGGUUAACGAGCUGCUGUCGCUGCACCUGAGGGAUUUCAUUGUCGCCCUGGACAUCGAAGGGGUCGAAACGGGAAACGAGAGCUUGGGGCUCACGAGCCACCGCUCCUUACCGGACGACAAUGUGGUGUCGAACGCGAGCCUGCAGCAGAGGAAAGGCUUCCUAUAUUCCGCCAAGGAAGAUGGAGACCAGCAUCUAGCGUCAAUAGCCAGGGUCAGCGCCGUAAGGGGCACCGGAGAGGCGUGUGGGAUCCCGUUCCUGGACCACUACAUUCAUCGGAGAAAACCGCCAAAGGACUACCUCACAAGGUUCUCUGGCAUCCACCACGGCGACCUGGACUUGAAGUCCUCGGUGCACUGGCUGACCACGAGGAAGGCCAUAUAUAUGAAGAUCAGGUACCUCAUUGACGCCGGGUGCAAGAUACUGGGCCACGGGCUGGAGCAGGACUUCAAAAUGCUCAACAUCGUCGUCCCGCACGACCAGGUCAUCGACACGGUGGAGCUGUUCAGGCUGCCGAGAAGGAGGUACAUCUCGUUGCAGUUCCUGGCUGCGCACAUACUGCACCAGCACAUUCAGCGCGGCGAGCACGACUCCGUGGAGGACGCGAAAGCCGCGCUGAACCUCUACAGGAAAUACUUGUUGUACGAUCGCAGCGGCGAACUGCCAGCCAUGCUGGCGGAACUAUAUGACACCGGUUACAAGACGAACUGGGUGGUAACCGACUUAGAGCCUGCCCAAGGGGGGCCCAUAAGGCACGUGAGGCGAGUGCAUCCUUGA